GUCUUACACGUGAAUCGUAGUGACGAAGUUUUGUUUUGAAGGAAAAAAUGAAGCAAAGACAAAACAAUCGACUUCCAAAUAACAUUCUUCAGCUGCAAAAUCUCGUAAAAAGAGAUCCUACAUCUUAUAAAGAUGAGUUUUUGCGACAGUAUAAAUACUUUCAAUCGUCAUUGGAAGUAUUUCAACUGAAACCUGCUGAUUAUAACAAGGAUUUGGAAGAUCAGGUGAUGUUUUUAGCUCAUAUUUGCCAUUGUUAUCCUGUAGAUUUAUCUGAUUAUCCACAAAAAUUAAUAGAGAUUCUUCGUAAAUACUCUAUGGUUUUAAAUCCCGAAAUGCGCUUGAUAUUUUGUCGAGCCCUCGUACUUAUAAGAAACAAAAACUUAUUAGCACCCACAGAUUUAUUGGAAUUAUUUUUUGAGCUGCUAAAAUGUCAAAGUAAACUUCUACGAAAGUAUUUGAAAAAUCACAUCAUUCAAGAUAUCAAAAAUUUAAAUGCAAAGCAUCGAAACAUGAAGCUGAAUAUAACCUUACAAAAUUUUAUGUAUGCCAUGUUAAAGGACAAAAACAAUGUAGCUGUUAAGAUGUCACUGGAUAUAAUGAUAGAACUUUAUCGUAAAAAUAUAUGGAACGAUGCUAAAACUGUUAAUGUUAUAGCCACAGCUUGUUUCUCAAAAGUAACAAAAAUUUUAGUUACAGCAUUGAAAUUCUUUCUGGGAUCAGACGAAAAAGAUGAUAAUGAUGAUGAUGAUAGUAAUUCAGAAGAAGAAAUAAAUGUAAGAGAUGUUGUAACAUCAAACAAAGUUAAUAAAAAAACCAGAAAAAGGAAAAAGUUAUUAGAACAUACCAAAAAGCUUAUAAAAAAGCAUAAAAAUAGUAAGAAGCCACCUACAUUUAAUUUUUCUGCAGUCCAUUUAAUAAAUGAUCCUCAAGGAAUGGCAGAAAAAUUAUAUAAAAACCUAGAAUGCAUGAUGGAGAAAUAUGAAGUAAAGUUGAUGGUCAUUAAUAUGAUAUCUCGACUUAUUGGAACACACCAGUUAUUUCUUUUUAAUUUUUAUCCGUUCUUACAAAAAUUUCUUCAGCCGCAUCAAAGAGAUGUAACAAAAAUUCUAGUAUAUACAGCUCAGUCAGCGCAUGAAUUAAUACCACCUGAUAUUAUAGAACCCAUUCUGAAAACAAUAGCCAAUAACUUUGUCACCGAACGGAAUUGUAGUGAAGUUAUGGCUGUUGGAUUAAAUGGUAUUAGAGAAAUAUGUAUAAGAUGUCCUUUAGCAAUGAAUGAAGAUUUGUUACAGGAUCUUGCUCAGUACAAAUCAUAUAAGAAUAAAAGUGUAAUGAUGGCAGCUCGUUCUUUGAUUCAGCUGUUUAGGACAAUUAAUCCUCGGCUUUUAGGAAGAAAAGAUAGAGGAAAACCUACUGAAGCAUCAAAAGAUUUAAAACCUAAAGAAUAUGGUGAAUUAGUUGCAAAAGACUACUUGGAUGGUGCAGAAACUUUAAAUAUAGAAGAGGAGGAGGAGGAGAAUGAUGAUAAUGAUGGUGAAAAAGUUGUUGAUAGUGGAAGUGAAGAUAGUGAAGGUUGGGUAGAUGUACAUCAUUCAUCUGAUGAAAAUGAGGAAGAUAAUUCUGUAGAUAUAGAAGAAAAUAAUCAAGAAGAAACAAUACAAAAAGCAGCAUGCAUAUCUCAAUCUCGAAUUUUAAGUCAAGAGGAAUUUCAAAAGCUAAAAGCAGUGCAAAUAGCUAAGCAUUUGCAACCAUCAAAAUCUAAAAAUAAAGGAGUGAAAAGAAAAUCAGACUUUAAAUUUGAUGAAAGUAAACCGACAGAAUUAGUAAAAUUAGAUAAUAUUGAGAAAAUUUAUAAAAGAAGAAAACAUGAUAAAGAAUCUAGAUUAGCUACAGUAUUAGCAGGAAGAGAGGGAAGAGAGAAAUUUACAAAGAAAAAGAAGAAAAGUCCUUCCUGUAGUAAAACACAGAAAGAAGUGAAGAAAAAUAAGGCUUUCAUGAUGAUAAAAUACAAAGCAAAACAAAAAUCGAAACGUUCUUUCAGAGAAAAACAAAUGGCAUUAAGAAAAGCAUUGUUAAAAAGGCAAAAAUUAAAAUAA